GCGGGAAAUGAGCGCCGACCUCAAGUGCCAAUACAAGACGGGCAAAUGCUUCAAGGAGCGCACGCGGAAGCGCAACGGCGAGGCUCAUUCGCUCUGUGAAGAGCAUCGACUCAAGCAAAACACGAUCCAGCGCCGAAGCGACCGCAAGUACCAGUCGGUGCACGCUGUUCGACGGAAGGAGCGGUCCGAGCGCAAAGCGCUUCUUAAGAAGCAGGUUACAAUGACCCAGCACUUGCUGGACCCGGCACUGCAUGUGCUCAACCCGCUAAGCCUUCUUCCCACAGCGCCGGCGACAGCGUUGCCGUCGUACCCACUCGCAUUUAGCAGCCCUCUCUGCACAAAGCCUGUCACUGACAGCGGCUUGUCCCCUGUGCGAAGCGAGAUGUCCGGCCUCUUGCGUGGCAACAAGAUUGUGACCAAGUCCUUCCAGUGGACAGCCUCGGCGAGCAGUGUGCCGGGUCCAGCACACAUUAGUCGGCGUGACGUCGUUGCCAGUGGCCCCCCCGAGACGACACCCAACGACGCGUGGACGGACGACGACGUGCAGUUGUUGCAGUCGAUCUUGCUCGUCUAAUACCCGUCGUGUGGUGAUCUUCACAGUACACGAUGCGUUAUUUACAGUCAAUAGACCUCAAAUCUAGAAGCUCUCCUUACCUUCCAA